UCUGGGUUGAUUCCACCCAUUGCCGUCUCCUGGGCCACUUCAGCUGCUCCUGUCUUUAUUCCACUUAAGCUUUCUCUUCCUCUUGACUGUCGAGCCCUUUGGCAGACAGAGCCGGGCACAAGCUGUGAUUGAACCGAAGACACAGGGUCUUGAAAGCAGAGAUUGAUGCACCUGGUUCUUGAGUAGAGGUGUGGGUGCUGACCUGCACAGCUUUCCUCUUCAAAACCGGGUGUGCAUUUGCUUACAGGGUUUUCUUGGAAACCCUAAAGCCGUAACCUGGGCUUGGCAUGGAUAGUACCUUGCAUCUCCUUUCUCCUUCCUGCAGAUGCACAGAUUCUUGGCAGCAAGAGUGAGGGGCUGUUGCUUAUGUUGACUUGGAGAGCCGGGAGGAGAAGGAGGUGCUGUUUCUGCCCAAGACGGUAGUGGUGGGUGUCAAGUUUCUUCCACAAGUGACCAGCCUUUACGGUGGGCUCCUGGAAGGUACCCUGCAGGGCCCCACCUACGUAUGCCCUGCCCAGAGGGCCCAGCACAGGGAGGCAGAGCACCCUGUGGCUGCCAAUGACACUGGUCUGGCAUCUGAAUUAGUAACUCACAAUAGGAUUAAUUUCUCUGUGUAAUUAAGUAAAGGAAAAUGGCAGGAAAGUACUGCCUGUUUCUUCCACACAGGGUUUUGUUUUCUAUCCCGUGAUUAUAAGGGAAGUCCAUUUGACUUCAUUAACUUAGGAAGUAUCUAGCAGACCCAUUCAUCUGGGGCUGGCCUCCUAUCUGCCUUUGGACAGAUGCUUCACAAACUCCUACCACGUGUGUGACAUUUGCUGAGCUCUGGGUCUGCAAAUGUAAAUAGCACAUGGCCCCUGCUCUGUGGAAGUGCCUAGCCCUGUCCAGCUCUGCACAAUAGGUAAACAUAAAAUCAGUAAUUACAAUCUAGUAUGCUGAGGGUAGUAAUGAAGGUGCGGGAGCCAGACUUCCUGGGUUCAAAUCCCACCACUUGGACAAGUUCCUGAAUCUCUGGCUUCAGUUUUCUUCAUCUGUAAAAUGGGGAUGAUGAUAAGAUUUCAGAGGGGAGGAUGCAGAUUAAAUGAGCCAACAUGUGUCAGUGUCUAGAAAAGCACCUGGCACUGUAGAGGACAUGCUUGGUAACUGUUGGCUCUGUUUAUCAAAUCAGAGAGGUGGAUCGGUCACUAUGAGGGUGGAGAGGAGGUAGAAACUACUUCUGGGGUGUUGACAGGCUAGUUGGGCUGGGUAUUGAAGUAGGAAUGAGUGUGUAGAAGAUGACCAGUUAACAAUGCAAGAGCAAGGAGGCCUGAAGGGCACUGCAUGCUGGUGAACAUGAGUAUUUUAGUACAGCUGAAACUGAAAAGGUACAGAAAGUGGAGGUAGGCAUUGAAGAGCCAAUGGGGCAUUUCAGUGAGGGGUGUGGUAUGAUGAGAAUUGUGUUUUUGAAAGUUAAUUCUAAUGAUGAUGAUGGAAACAGAGUCUGAUUAGCAGGCUACUACAGUCAGCCUGAGGAGAUGCUGAGGGGACCUGGUGGGGAGCUGGCGUCCUGGAAUGGGCAGAUGGGACUUGGAGAGAGUAAUUUGAACGUGGAGCUUAUGGAUGGGAUGUGAAAGUAGAAGUGAGGAGCAGGGGUUGAAAGGAGGUCUCCAGGGCUGUGGCGUGAAUUACUAAGUGAAUGGGGUGCUGGUCACAUAGUGGGAGAGCAGGUUGGGCAGGCAGCAGGUGGGUGAGGUUUGGCAUGCUGGGUGCAGUCUUUCCUCCCCCAAAGUUGGACAUCUAAGGGUUGGCUCAGGACAGUGGCUAGACUGGGAGUAAGAAUUGGAAGUCAUGUGAGUGAGGCCAUGGUUGGUUGCGAGGCCUCAGGUGGGUUCCCUUAGCUCCCCCCAAGUCCUUGGGGUGGCUUCAUUGAGCAGAAAAAGGUUCCCUCAAGGUGGCUGCAGCCCUACAGGCUCGUGACUUGGCCAUCAGCUCCUUUCACCUUGUACAUACAUCACCUUGGGACCUCAGGCAAUGGCUGCUUUCUUUGGGUUGACUCAUCAGUGUCUAUGAAAGAGUAAUAUCGAACCUAUUCACAGGGUUAUUGAGAAGACAGAAGGACUGAAGGCCUGUGAAAGGGUUUCUUAUCUCAUCCAGACAUUAUGGUCUUUGCCCAUUUUAGGAAAUGUUGGCCAUGCUGAGAUCUGCAGGCUGCAAGGGAAGCCUCCAUGCUCAGGGCUGUACGGCAGCUCAGAGAAGAGCUUUUAUGGGGGCAUUUGUCCUUGCAGGGUUUGCAGAGAACAGACAAGAAGGAGACAGUGGUUCAAACAGAGGUGGAGAGAGAGGUGGCACCUUCCUUCAGAGAACUACACACAAUCAGGAGAAAUCCCAGCUCGCAUCUCCAAGCUGUCCCACUGAUGUCAUUUCUUCUCAGACCGUAAGGCAUGCUCAGGUGCUUGUAGGUCCCACCCGAAAGAUGCCCCCCAGCGCCAGUGCCGUGGACUUCUUCCAGCUCUUUGUCCCAGACAACGUCCUCAAGAACAUGGUGGUGCAGACAAACAUGUACGCCAAGAAGUUCCAGGAGCGGUUCGGGAGCGACGGAGCCUGGGUGGAGGUGACGCUGACGGAGAUGAAGGCGUUCCUGGGCUACAUGAUCUCCACCAGCAUCUCCCACUGCGAGUCCGUCCUCAGCAUCUGGAGCGGCGGCUUCUACAGCAACCGCAGCCUCGCCCUCGUCAUGAGCCAGGCCCGCUUCGAGAAGAUCCUCAAGUACUUCCACGUCGUGGCCUUCCGCUCCAGCCAGACCACGCACGGGCUCUACAAGGUUCAGCCCUUCCUCGACUCACUGCAGAACAGCUUCGACGCUGCCUUCAGGCCUUCCCAAACCCAGGUGCUACAUGAACCCCUGAUCGAUGAGGAUCCUGUAUUCAUUGCCACGUGCACAGAGCGGGAGCUGCGGAAGAGGAAAAAGCGGAAAUUCAGCCUCUGGGUCAGACAGUGUUCUUCCACUGGCUUCAUCAUCCAGAUUUAUGUCCACCUGAAGGAAGGCGGGGGCCCAGAUGGCCUGGACGCGCUGAAGAAUAAGCCCCAGCUCCACAGCAUGGUGGCCAGGAGCCUGUGCCGGAACGCGGCAGGCAAGAACUACAUCAUCUUCACCGGGCCCAGCAUCACCAGCCUGACCCUGUUUGAGGAGUUUGAGAAGCAAGGGAUUUACUGCUGCGGCUUGCUCAGCGUGCGGAAGAGUGACUGCACCGGCCUCCCACUGUCCAUGCUGACCAACCCAGCCACGCCCCCGGCCCGGGGCCAGUACCAAAUCAAGAUGAAGGGGAACAUGUCCUUGAUCUGCUGGUACAACAAAGGACAUUUCCGCUUCCUGACCAACGCCUACUCCCCGGUGCAGCAGGGAGUCAUCAUCAAAAGGAAGAGUGGGGAGAUCCCAUGCCCCUUGGCCGUGGAGGCGUUUGCCGCUCACCUGAGCUACAUCUGCAGAUACGAUGACAAAUACAGCAAGUAUUUCAUUUCUCAUAAACCAAACAAGACCUGGCAGCAGGUGUUCUGGUUCGCCAUCAGCAUCGCCAUCAACAAUGCCUACAUCCUGUACAAAAUGUCAGACGCCUACCACGUGAAGAGGUACAGCCGGGCGCAGUUCGGGGAGAGACUCGUCAGAGAGCUGCUGGGCUUGGAGGACGCCUCUCCGACCCACUGAUGCUGGGGAUGCAGGACUCGGUCAGGGGAGGGGUGAGAGGGGGAGGAGAGCCUGCCGUUCCAACUUGCCCAUCAGAGACCCGGAGAUGGCCUGGUGUGUGGUUCGCUGCCUGGGAGGGAUGCACAGGGCCUCUGGAGGGACAGGACGGACCUGAUCAGAGGACGGUUGCUAUCCUUAUUUGCAUUCCAAGAAGAGCACAUCCUCCCUCGGGAAACAGUGCCGCCAGCGUGGUGAGCACCUACACCCAAGUUCUCAAGGGCAGAUUCUCUCCUGAUAUCCGUGGAGCUUGGGAGGCAACGUGGACUGUGACUGCGAAGGAAGGCCCUGUGGUAGAAUGAGCUGGAGCAUGCUCUAAGAGAGGCGUCUGCUUCCUAAAGAUCUACAGUCGUCUGGGACGUGAUUCAAGUUCAUGACUUGAAGGAAGCAAAGACGCCCUGCUUGGUUACAGUGGCUUGGGUGUCGGGGGAGGCCGGGGAGUUUUCCAGCACUGGCCUCAUGUGAGCACCUUUGAGCCGGUCUCUUAGAAGAAGUCACGCAUCCUGGGUGUGCAGUAGUGAAAUGGGGAGUGGGUGCCCAUUCUGAAAAAUGAGGCAUUCCUGCUCAUUCCCUCUGCUUAGCUGGUGGGCAGGGGAGAAAGGGAAACGCCAAAAAAUUGGAGUGAAGGGUGAUGCUAUUUUUUAUUUUUAAAUAUAUCUUCAGGUUAUUUUCUUACUGUUGCUUCAGAUCUAAUGUAAAAGGCAGAUGUCCCCUCCUCUCCACCCCCCUCGCCAACCCCGGCCUCAGUCACGGCUCCUUGCAUGACCACAGUUCUGUGUUCUGGCCUGUGGCAGGGCCGGGAAGGGCCGCUGGCUUCCGAACAGACGUGGUUGCUCUCCACCAGGCCCAUGGGGAGCCCGUGGGCCCUAAGCUUUGUCGCAGAUGUCAUCAUUGGCAGAAUUACUUGUCUUGAAAAAUAUGUAGCAUUGCUGAAACACACAACCGAAUUCUCUGCGAUGGCCAUUUGCUCAUUGUCUUUCCUCCGUGUGUAGUGAGUGACCCUGUUUGCCUUCUCAGAGUGGCCCCUCAGAACAACAGGGCUGGCCUUUGAAAAUCCCCAAAACGGGACUGUGGUGACAACCCUGGUCAGGUGUGAUUUGACACGAGGGCCGGAGGCGGUUGCUGACCGCGGGACUGGAGAGGCUGCAUGCCCAACGCUGUCAGCGAGGCUCGCGUGUCCCCAGGCAGAUCUGGGCUCUUUCCCAACCCAGGUUUAUGUGUCUCCGGGGAAGCCUCAGUGCCAGAGUGGUGGGCGGAUCUGACCGUCCCCACAGACCAGAAACAAGGAAUUUCUGGGAUUACCUGGUCCCCUUUCAACCCAGUUUAUGUAACCACCUCAUUUUUUACAAAUGCAGAAUCUAUUCUACUCAGGCUUUGGGACUCUGUUCCUCGUCCUCACUCAGUUACUGCGAGUGUUGCUGUCCGCAUGCUCCGGGCCCCACGUGGUUCCUGUGCUCUAGAUCACGGUGACUCCCCCACCCUGUGGUUGGAAUUCGAUGCCACGGAUUGCAGGCCAAAUUUUAGAUUGUGUUUCCAAACACCCUUGCCGUGCCCUUUAAUUGGAUUGAAAGCACUUUUACCACAUGGAGAAAUAUAUUUUUAAUUUGUGAUGCUUUUCUACAAGGUCCACUAUUUCUGAGUUUAAUGUGUUUCCAACACUUAAGGAGACUCUAAUGAAAGCCGAUGAAUUUUCUUUUCUGUCCAAACAAGUAAAAUAAAAAUAAAAGUCUAUUUAGAUGUUGA